GCCUUUUACCGGGUGAUGAGCUCAUAAUUGCGUUGUGACGUCAGUGGGCCUGUGGCGUUCGUGCGUCUGCCCACGCAGGGAAACGCGCCUCUACUCGGGGAUCCACACGCCUGUCUACCCGCACCACUCCUCGGCGGGCGGUGCUGCUCAGGCCCUCCUCUUCCCGCCCCCGAGGCCGGCCCCUUCUCCGCCCAAGUGUUUGUGCAGCGCCAGUCGGACAGCCCGUUUCAGGCGCAGAGAGGCUGGGCUUGGAGCCGCUGCAGCUCCCGAGGUCGCUGUGGGCUGCGAGCCGGCGGGAAGAGGCCGGCGGGGACAUGUUGGGCAAGGAUUACAUGCUGGCCAUCAUUCUGGUCAACUGCGAUGAUGACUUGUGGGGAGACCAGAAUCUGGAGGGGGAGCCAGGCCUGCCCCCCGGUUGGAGGAAGAUCCGUGAUGCUGCUGGUACUUAUUAUUGGCAUGUACCCAGCGGAAGCACCCAGUGGCAGCGGCCCACCUGGGAGUUAGGAGAAGCAGAGGACUCAGGCACGGGGUCGGAGAGGACCUGGGGACUACGACCCCCCAAAGGACGAUCCUUCUCUAGCCUGGAGAGUUCCCUGGACCGGAGCAGCUCUCUGUCUUGGUAUGGUGAGGAGUCCUCCUACGUCCAAAGCCUGGAGCCAGGUGCUAAGUGCUUUGCUGUCCGCUCUCUGGGGUGGGUGGAGGUACCCGAAGAGGACCUGGCACCAGGGAAGAGCAGUAUCGCAGUCAAUAAUUGCAUCCAGCAGCUGGCCCAGACCCGCAGCCGGAGCCAGCCUCCAGACAGUGCCUGGGGCGAGCAGGGCCAGAACAUGCUGAUGAUACUGAAGAAGGAUGCUAUGAGCCUGGUGAAUCCCCUGGACCACAGUUUGAUUCACUGCCAGCCUCUGGUGCACAUCCGUGUGUGGGGUGUGGGCAGCUCCAAGGGUCGGGACUUCGCUUUUGUGGCGGGUGACAAAGACAGCUGUAUGCUCAAGUGUCAUGUGUUUCGCUGUGAUGUCCCUGCCAAGGCCAUUGCCAGUGCCCUCCAUGGGCUCUGUGCCCAGAUCUUGUCAGAGCGAGUAGGGGUUGGUAGUGAUGCCUCUUGCUGUGCCCCGGACCCCAUCUCUCCUGAAGACCUGCCGCGGCAAGUGGAGCUGUUGGACGCCGUGAGCCAGGCUGCUCAGAAGUUUGAGGCACUGUAUAUGGGGAUCCUGCCAGUCCCCAAAGCCAUGGGUAUGGAUGUGCUGAAUGAAGCCAUUGGUACCCUCACUGCCCGGGGAGACCGGAACACCUGGGUUCCUGCCACAAUCAGUGUAUCUGACUCUCUCAUGAUUGCACAUCCCAUCCAGGCAGAAGCCCGUGCAGAGGAGGAGCCGCUGUGGCAGUGUCCUGUACGCCUGGUGACCUUCAUUGGUAUUGGCCGUGACCCCCACACCUUUGGCCUCAUUGCUGACCUAGGCCAUCAGAGUUUCCAGUGUGCAGCCUUCUGGUGUCAGCCCCAUGCAGGGGGACUCUCUGAAGCUGUGCAGGCUGCCUGUAUGGUUCAGUACCAGAAGUGUCUUGUGGCCUCUGCAGCUCGAGGCAAGGCCUGGGGUGCGCAGGCCCGUGCCCGCCUGCGCCUCAAACGGACCAGCUCCAUGGAAUCCCCAGGAGGCCCCCCACCGCUCCCCCUGCUCAAAGGUGGGGUUGGGGGUGCAGGAGCAGCACCCCGAAAGCGGGGUGUCUUCUCUUUCCUGGAGGCCUUCCGGCUGAAACCUUCUCUGCUCCAUAUGUCCUAGAUUGAUCUGGGAGGGCUGGGGAAAGAGGCUCAGGGCCAAGCCAACUCUUGACCCCUUCAUUCCCCAGGACCUACAGCAGCCUCUGACCACUUGGGAGUCUUGUCCAGGCCCUGCCCCCUCUACCCAUGCCCACCAUUUGUUGUCCAUCGUAUUGUUUCUAGGGAUGACUGAGAGGCCUUGGACCCCAGUCGAGGUCCCUGGCUUCCUUUUCCUUGGGUCCUCAUGUUCCUUGCCCUGGUCAAGCCCUUGACAGUCGGCUCUACCUCAGCAACACUUUAUAGCAAAAUCAGUGCAAAUAAAAAUCCUUCAGUGACCUCA